AUGGCACCAACUCCUGGCGGCGCCCUGAGGAGCAUCCUCUGUAGGCAUCUCCUCUUCUCUCUCCUGGUUCUGUGUUUCUUUUGUGAUGCUUGUAAGAAAGUCGUUCUUAAAGUCCCCUCUCAUCUUCAAGCUGACACACUUGUAGGCAGAGUUAAUCUAGAGGAGUGUCUCAAAUCGGCUGACCUCAUUCAUUCAAGUGAUCCUGACUUCAGAAUUCUGGAAGAUGGUUCAGUGUAUACAACAAAAAACAUUGGGUUGUCUUCUGAGAAAAGAACCUUUGAUAUUUUGCUCUCAGACUCUCAGAAACAGGAACAAAAAAAGAUAGAGAUUGCACUGUUAGCCCCAGAAAAGAAGAUACCUAUGAAAAGACAUGCAAAAGACAGAGCUCUUAAGAGAACCAAAAGAAGAUGGGCACCAAUUCCCUGUUCAAUAAUGGAAAAUUCGUUAGGUCCAUUUCCACAACAAAUUCAACAGAUCCAGUCUGAUUCUGCACAAAACUACACCAUCUAUUAUUCUAUAAGUGGACCUGGAGUAGACAAAGAGCCCUUCAAUUUGUUCUACAUUGAUAGAGACACAGGGGAUAUCUUUUGUACACGUGCUGUAGACCGUGAGACAUAUGAUAGUUUUCAGAUAACUGGUUAUGCAACAACACCAGAUGGUUACUCCACGGAUCUGCCACUCCCACUUCUCAUCAAAGUUGAAGAUGACAAUGAUAAUGCCCCAUGCUUUGAAGAAAUGAUUACCUUUAAUGUGAUUGAAAAUUGCAGAGUGGGUACUUCAGUGGGACGGGUGGUAGCCACGGACAAGGAUGAGCCUGAUACGCUACAUACUCGUCUGAAAUAUACCAUUUUGAAGCAGAUUCCAGAAAGCCCAAAGCAUUUUGCAAUCCAUCCAGAUACAGGUGUAAUCACUACCAUAUUGUCACCUGACAGAGAGGCAUGUCCUACAUAUACGUUGCAUGUGGAAGCACGAGAUAUGGCUGGCCAGAGUUUUGGUUUAUCAAGUACAACAGUACUGACUAUUGACAUUAGAGAUGAAAAUGAUAAUGCUCCAAGUUUCCAAAAAACUUCUUAUGUGACAGAGGUGGAAGAAAACAGAAUCAAUGUAGAAAUUCUGCGUAUGGAAAUAGAGGACAAGGAUUUACCCAACACUCCUCACACAAGAGCUAAAUACAUUAUUCUAAAGGGAAAUGAAAAUGGACAAUUCCAGAUCACUACUGACCCUAAUACAAAUGCAGGCAUCUUAUGUGUCGUCAAGCCACUGGAUUAUGAAGCUGCUCGCCAAGUUAUUCUACAAGUUGGCGUAGUUAAUGAAGCUGAGUUCUCUAAAGGAACAAACUCCAGAGGCAUUACAACUUGCACAACUUCUGUCAUUGUCAAUGUCAAAGAUAGUGAUGAAGGACCUGAAUGCCAGCCUCCUGUAACUGUUAUAGCAUCUGAAGAUGGCAUAGCGGCUGGGAAAGAAAUUCGUGGAUACACUGCACGGGAUCCAGAAACCCUCAGUAGUCAAGGUUUGAGGUAUCAGAAGCUAAAAGAUGAAGAUAAUUGGUUUCAAAUUGAUGAAAGAACAGGGAACUUGGUAACCACUAAAGUCCUGGAUAGAGAGUCAGCAUUUGUAAAAAAUGACCAAUACAAUAUCACAGUGCUUGCAAUAGAUAAUGUUGGCAGAUCGUGCACUGGAACAUUGGUAGUACGUCUGGAAGAUAAAAAUGAUAAUCCACCAAUAAUUCAGAAAGAAGUGACAAUUUGCCGUCAUGGGGAUGAAGGUGGCACAAUAGAAGCUGUGGAUCAUGAUGGACCAGCAAAUGGUCCACCUUUUCAAUUUAUGUUGGAUAAUCAGUCUAGUAAACUUUGGACAAUACAAAAAAAAUCUGAUACAUCUGUAACAAUUCAUCCAAAGGAAGGUCUCCAAAGCAAUUAUUAUUCAGUGCCCAUUAAAGUACAAGAUCGGCAUGGCGUUGGUCAAGUAUCUCAUUUACUAGUCAGAUUGUGUGAUUGUACUUUACCAAGUGAUUGUAAGAUGAUUCCUGGUAAUCCGAGAGAUAUAUUGCCUUCAAAUAUACAACUUGGAAAAUGGGCUAUCCUUGCAAUGGUGCUGGGCUCUGCGCUGCUACUGUGUGUCCUGUUUACAUGUUUCUGUGUUACCACUAAGAAAACAGUACAAAAAUGCUUUCCAGAAGAUAUAGCUCAACAGAAUUUAAUUGUGUCAAACACUGAAGCCCCAGGAGAAGAAGUGACGGAGGCAAGUAUUAGACUCCCUACACAGACUACGAACAUUUGUGAGCCCAUUAUCUGUACUGGGACACUUGGUGGACAGGGAACCAAAACUGGUGGACAACAAAGUUUUGAAAUGGUAAAAGGUUACACCUUGGAAUCAACCAAAAGUGGAGGACAUCAGACAUUGGAAUCAUGCAAAGGAUCAGGACAGGGACUGGUAGAUACUGGAAGAUAUGCAUAUACUGAUUGGCAUAGUUUUACACAACCUCGCCUUGGUGAAAAGGUGUAUCACUGUGGACAGGAUGAAGAGCAUAAGUAUUCUAAAGACUAUGUCCUUUCAUAUAACUAUGAAGGAAAAGGAUCUCUAGCUGGCUCUGUAGGCUGUUGCAGUGAUCGGCAGGACGAAGAGGGACUUGAGUUUUUAGAUCAUCUGGAACCCAAAUUUAGGACAUUAGCAAAGACAUGCAUGAAAAAAUAA